AAUCGUAAGGAAUGUGUGCAGCGCAUGCCUUACGUGUUAUUCAAGUGCAUUUGCGCGCCAUUUCUGUUAGUUGAUUCUGUUGAGGACUCAAAGAUAAAAAGUUGCACAGUUUGGUACACGACUGUAAGAAGUACCGCUAUGCACAACAUGAAUGACGUCGAGACCACGUCAAAGCUGCAUUCUCAGGCACAAAGUUUGGCGACGCACUGCUGUGCAUUUCUUUUAUUGUGUGUAUGUUUGCUAUUAGAUUACUUCUCUCUCUCUCUCUUUCUUUUUUUACAACUUUCGUUUCAGCUGGGCUGGUAGUUUCAAAUCAGAUGGACUUUCAAGUGACAUGAAAAAUCACCUUGUGUGGGGAACAAAAAUAUUUGAGCAACCGGUGCAACAAAACAGAGGCAAAAUUUCUUCGCGGUUAAGGUAUGCGCAGCCGGGAGUUGCGAUAUAUAACCCCGACAGGACUCGUGCGUGAGCACGAUAAUGUAUUGCCUGUGUUUAGGCUUCGCGCAACGUGAGUUGCUUCUCAGCAAAAGUGGUUCACGAACUUUUUGCCGGCUUUGCACAUACCCUUCUUCUCGUGAUGUGUUAGACGCCGAGAUAACCAAGCGCUAAACAUUCCUUUUUUUUUUUUUUUGUAGUCUUUAAACCGACGUGCUUCCAAAACACGUAAUUCCUUUCUCUUUCGUCCCCGAUUCGCAGGCCAGGGUCGCGUUAACCAGCUGGGCGGCGUGUUCAUCAACGGCCGGCCGCUGCCCAACCACAUUCGACUGAGGAUCGUCGAGAUGGCGGCCGCCGGCGUCCGGCCCUGCGUCAUCUCCCGCCAGCUCAGGGUGUCGCACGGAUGCGUCUCCAAGAUCCUCAACCGCUACCAGGAGACCGGCAGCAUCCGGCCGGGCGUGAUCGGCGGCAGCAAGCCCCGGGUGGCGACCCCCGAGGUGGAGAAACGCAUCGAGGAUUACAAGCGCGAGAACCCGGGCAUCUUCUCGUGGGAGAUCCGCGACCGGCUCAUCAAGGACGGCGUGUGCGAGCGCGCCAGCGCCCCUUCGGUCUCGUCCAUCAGCAGGCUGCUGCGCGGGCCGCGGGACGACGACGAGGACCCCAAGGCGAUGCUGCUGCAGCACAAGCACUCCAUCGACGGCAUACUCGCCGCCAAGGAGAUGAACCCCGGCUCCCGUCUGUCCGGCGGCGAGUGCAGCCUGGACUCGUUCUCGGACGGCGACUGCGGAGGCGACUCGACGGCCGAACCGGGGCUGACGCUGAAGCGGAAGCAGCGCCGCUCGCGCACCACCUUCUCGGCGGCUCAACUCGACGAACUGGAGAAGGCGUUCGAGCGAACCCAGUACCCGGACAUCUACACCCGCGAGGAGCUGGCACAGAGGACGCGCCUCACCGAGGCAAGGGUCCAGGUAUGGUUCAGCAAUCGGCGCGCGCGCUGGCGCAAGCAGAUGGGCAGCCAGCAGAUGAACGGCUUCUCGGCGCUCAGCCUGCCCGUGUACCCGGCCGCCGCGGCAGCCGCUGCAGCCGCUGCCAGCCCCUAUCUGCUGCAGCCCACCGAGCCACCGCCCCAGCCCUACGCGCAGCCGCACCACGCAACCCAGGCGCCGCAAGAGUCCGUUCCCCCGCCGGUUGUAACCACCAUGGGCCACGGUUCAUCGGACCCGCGUACGAGUGCAUACGGCGCUGACCAGCACUACGGCGCGGCCCAGCAGCCGCUCAAGCCGCAGAUGCUGAACAUGCUCCCGAGCCCUGUGGACUACGGCAGCCUCCAGCAGCAGGACGACUGGCGCACGCAGGCGGCGGCAGCGGUCAGCCAAGGGAGCUGUUGGCCCUCGGCGGCGCCGUCCCCCGCCCCGACGGCGCCGAGCACCGCUGCGGCCACAGACCCAUCGUCGUUCGGCGCGGACGCGUUCGUGUCGCCACCCUUCAAUGCGACGGGACUGGACCUCAAGCCGUCCUUCUACUACCCGGCACUUCGUGGACUGCCGCUCUGACCCCACUGCCGACCACUCUUGUACAAAGCGCAUCGCAGGCAAACUACAGUGACGCCUCUUGUCAUCACAAACACGGCCCAGUGCUCCGUCUUGUCAGGCAGCGCGCUGAAUGAACCGACAGACUCCUCCACCAGUGAGGACGUUGUGCCCAGACCAGUGCUCGCCUGCAGGUGGUCCACUUCCGACGGAAGCCCUCGCGCGUCAAGUGUCUCCGUGUGAACGGCUGCGCUCGAAACGGAAACCAUCGCCCGCGGCAGUUUCGCCUUCGCUUCACUCAGACACUUGCGGAGAAUUCCAGUCGUCGUUCUGGAGGAGCUCUCUACGUAUAUCGCUGAUUCAAACGUGCCAGAGGGCAACGUUUUUAAUGCUACGCGCUGGAUUACGGCGGAAACAAACUGCCAAGCGUAGCAAGCAGUCGGAAAUUUUUAGGUUGAAUGCGUGACUCCAUGGUGGAGCAAAACUUUGGAGGACGUUUAAGCUGCGCCUUUAAGAGUGGAACGCCGAUAGCGUUCGAAGACCCCUUACUGCUGUCCAUGCUUCCCGGCAACUUCAGCUUAUGUAACCGUUUACCGGGAAACGGCUGGCUGCGAACGCUAUGCACGAAGGCGAGCUUACUGUUAGAGACGUACCCUCUUGCGUGAGUUGAUCUUCUGUUACUGUUUCGCACUUUUAGUAUUUCACUCUGAGAAGAGCUAAGAUAAAGCACAUGUGCUGUCGCUUUUCUUUUCCCUUACAUUUGUUUGUGGGCUGCCGUUCUCAAAAUUCCGAGGAAUAACUUUGUAAAGAAUGAAAGGCAAAGUACGGGCAACUUUGGUGGUAGAGAAGUGGUUGGGUAUGCAGUAGUUCAGAAUUCGGUUGUAGAUUAUUUUUCUCGAGGCCAUGUCCGACGCCGGCUGCUGGAUUUUCUGCGACACGGGAUCCUUAACACUAUCGCGUUAAAAUAGCGAUCUGUAGCGGAUUCGGUCCGAAACAACCAGUGGGGAACGCGAAUGUGACGUUAAUCGAGCGGUCAAUUACAUAUGCUCCCCCCGCGUGUCGGAAAAGCUCGCUUCGUAUCGACCAGGGGAAUUCGCCUAACUCGUCAGCAGAUGCGUGCAGCGAAGUCGAGCGUUCGCUGAAGGCGUGCAGCCAGUGCGGCGAAACGUUGCUUUCCACGCGGUGGAAUUCGCUUUUUAGAUCGUUAAGAAAAGCAGAUCACGUAUGUAACUCUGUGUGCUGCAUCAUUAACAACGUUCAUGAACUAUGUUUUCAGUUCACGGCAACGCAGGCAACCGGAAGUGCUCUCUAGGAGGACGGAUGUCCGCGUUUAGUAUAACGACCGAAAUUCGGCAGCGACAAGACGGUGGAAACAAAAUGCCCGAAGGGAGCCGCCAUCAGCGAGUGGCUGGGCGACGUGUUAUCAACUUCGUGACUACAUUAAUGUACUACUACUAGUGCGCAAGUUAAAUGUUCGAGCUUGAAAAUAGAAAUCGUGAGCCCACAACGUUAUGCGCUUGCUAUACUCAGCCGCGUCCACGAGCCUUUGAAUUAGCAGCUGCAAUGGGGGCAGCUUCGAAACAAGCCCUCUCAGAGCGGACGCUGUACACGGUCACAAAAAAGUUUGCCACGUGAGAUCACGAUGCGUCAGUAGAUUUUGGCCUUGACGAUUGUGUUGAAGCCGCAGUGAUCGCAAAGACUUCGAUAUGACGUUUUCGUACCAGCAGAUGCUCUCUCCGCGUAGAAGCCCUCUACGAUAAUGAAGUCCGCUAAAUGUUUUGUUUUUGGGCACAAAGCUUCGAUCCUCCUUCAUCUGAUCGGCUCGCCACUGGCUUCAGCGUCAACUUUGGUGCACGGAGCGUCAGAGACAGGAGUCGGCGGACGAGUUCGUGCACUCGCGAAUCGCGGCUGUAGUUCGGUCAUAACGCAAGCCUGGGCGAAGUUGUACAGCGGCUAUGGACACCAUACAGUGUUCGCAUUGUGGUCGACUCGGUCUAACGCCUCCUGGACGACAGAAGGCCUGCGCACUUUGAGCCACAAUAACAUGUGGGAAGGUCGAAAGCUGAUACAUUUCACGGAAAAAAGAAAGUUGGGAGAGGUAUAGUCAUUGGACAGCGCAGGCCACCGUAUUCGAGGGCCGCGAUGACCGAACUCUCUGGCGGCUGCGAACAUUGCUUGUCGACAUUGUAAAGAACACCUCACGGAAGGUGACAGAGGUAGAUGCAGGACUGUAAGAGCUACUAGGCCGUAAACCAAAGAACCUUUGCCUGCGCAAUUCAUUGCUAUCUGUGUACCCUAUUGCACCACGACGCGUUUCACACAUUGAAUGAUGGCGAUGAUAUGAUAAAUAAUAAUAGCAAUGAUAAUAAAGAAUGAGAAAGUU